AUGUCCUCGCAACAUCCCGCAUCAGAAUCCGAGGACAAAUGGCCUCGGGACACCGACCUGUCCCACGACACGGACUCAAUCGCCGAGUCCCGGUCGUCGGACUCACAGCGGAAUAAUAAUGGCCAUGCACUGGACAAGGCUGUCACAGCCUAUUCACUGGUCUCUGAUCGUAUGUCGCUGUCCGAGCGCGUCACCACCAUCCGGACCAAUGCCACCUCCGAUCCCAACUAUGAGGUGGACUGGGAUGGCGAGGAUGACCCCGAAAACCCCAAGAACUGGUCGCUACGGUACAAGGCCAUGGGGUUGUUGUUUCUCUCGUGGAAUACAUUGAUUGUUGUGCUCUACUCCACUUCCUAUACUUCGGGUGUCACAUUAAUCGCCGAGGAGUUCAACCAAUCCGACACGAUAGUAACCCUGGGCUUGACGCUCUAUCUCAUCGGCCUGGCCAUCGGGUCCAUGUUCAUGGCACCGCUGAGCGAGGUAUAUGGCCGGAAACCGGUCUGCGUGAUCUGCUUGGCCAUUUUCACGGUGUUGAUCAUUCCCUGUGCCCUCGCCAGAUCAGUGACCACCUUGAUUGUUGUCCGUUUCAUUGGCGCCUUCUUUGGCAGCGUCAUGAUCUCCACGGCACCUGGUAUGGUGGCGGAUCUGGUGGAUGACGAGCACCGCGCGUUGGCAAUUUCCAUCUGGAGUAUUGGGCCGCUGAAUGGGCCAGUGCUGGGCCCCGUCAUUGGAGGCUUCGUCACGCAGUAUCUCGGCUGGCGCUGGAUGGACUGGAUUGCGCUCAUUCUCUCGGCCGUGGCUCUGGUAUUUGCUUGUAUCUUGAAGGAGACUUAUGCGCCGACGCUGCUGCAGAGGAAAGCCGCCCGCUUGCGCAAGAAAUAUGGGGAAUCACGCUGGUGGUCGCGGUACGACCAGAAGGACAGCCUCGUGUCAAUUCUGGCGCUGAAUCUCAGUCGCCCAUUCGUGAUGGCUGUGACUGAGCCGAUUUGCAUCUUCUGGGACAUCUAUAUCGCCAUCGUCUACGGCAUUCUGUACCUGUGUUUCGUCGCCUAUCCCAUCGUUUUCCAGGACAUUCGGGGCUGGUCCCUGGGCCUGUCAGGACUCGCCUUCCUGGGGAUAGGAAUCGGCGUGCUGAUCACAAUCGCCUGCGAGCCUCUAAUCCGGCGCCUAAUCAACAGCCACGACAUCGACCCGGAGACAGGCAAAGUACACCCCGAAGCCAUGGUCUCGUUCGUGUGCAUCUGCGCGAUCCUCAUUCCCAUCGGCGAGCUCUGGUUCGCCUGGACCUGCUCGCCAGCCUCGAUCCACUGGAUCGUGCCGCUGCUGGCCGGCAUCCCCUUCGGCGCCGGUAACACCGGCGUGUUCAUCUACGCCUCCAACUACCUCACCUACAGCUACGGCAUGUAUGCCGCGUCUGCCUUGGCCGGUAACUCGGUCAUCCGCAGUAUCCUCGGCGGUGUGUUGCCGCUGGCCGGCUCUUAUAUGUAUGCCAGUCUUGGGCCCAAUUGGUCGGGCACGUUGCUGGGGCUGCUAGAGUUUGUUAUCGUGCCGAUUCCGUUUGUGUUUUAUAAGUAUGGGCAUCGCAUUCGCAUGAGGAGUACCCUGAUUGUCCGCAUGCAGGAGGAUAAAAAGAAGUUGGAGGGGAAGCGGGCCCGUCGAAGGCCGCAGCAGACUCUCCCUAAUGAUGAGGAGAAACAGAGCGAGGUUGUUUAA